UCCUGCAAAAGUGUUUUGAUUUAUUUUUCGUACUGUUAUCUUGAAUCUUUAAUUUUAUUAAAAUAAAAAAUUUUAUAAUUUAUUUUCUUUUUAUAAUUGAAAAAUUGAAAUAAUGGGACAUUAUUGUGUUUGAGAAUAAAAAAAAAAAAAAAAAAAAAAAACUAUAUAUCCAACGAGAAUUAGAAAUUUAUAAGCAACAAGUGAAAUUGAGUUCAUGUAUAUGUAGCCGACGGAUCAUCUAUUUACUUCCCCCAUGGAUCCUAUUGUUUUAGAAAACAAUACAAGCGGAAUUGGAGGCCAACAACAAAAUCAACAACAACAACAACAAUAUGGAGAGGUAAAUCAAUUAGGCGGUGUAUUUGUAAAUGGACGACCAUUACCAAAUGCGGUACGAUUAAGAAUAGUUGAAUUGGCACAACUUGGAAUAAGACCAUGUGAUAUAUCAAGACAAUUGCGAGUUAGUCAUGGUUGUGUGAGUAAAAUUCUUGCACGUUAUCAUGAAACUGGAAGUAUAUUACCAGGUGCAAUUGGUGGCAGUAAACCACGUGUAACAACACCAAAAGUUGUUCAAUAUAUAAAACAAUUGAAAUCAAAAGAUCCAGGAAUAUUUGCAUGGGAAAUAAGAGAUCGUUUACUAUCGGAUGGUAUUUGUGACAAAUAUAAUGUACCAUCAGUAUCAAGUAUAUCAAGAAUAUUGAGAAAUAAAGUAGGCGCUGCUGCUGCUGUUGCUGCCGCCGCCGCCGCAAUUCAUCAUCAUCCAGCGCAUCAUCAUCAUCAUCAUCAUCAUCUUUAUGCAGCGGCAGCCGCUGCUGGUGCUGCAUUAUGUCCUGUUCCAUAUCCAACUUCUUAUCACACUGCAUCGCCUUCGGUUACACAUCAUCAUCAUCAUCAUCCAGUUGGACUUACAGCAACAGGAAAUAAACUCUCAACACCUCCAUCACCAUCGACGACAUCGUCAAUUUCCAAUCAAAAUUACGGAGUCCAUUGGCCAAGUUCACAUUCUGUUCACGAUAUUCUCUCAUCAUCGGUUCCAAUAAUUUCCAAUUCCACAGCAUCAUCAUCUUCUUCUGCUCUUUGUCCUGUAAAUAAUAAUAAUAAUAAUAAUCACCAUAAUAAUAAUAAUAAUAAUCAUCUUCAUAAUAAUAACAGUAGUGGUAGCAGUAGCGUUGCGAGUAAUAAUGAUGAAUCUCCAUCUAGUAAUUAUUAUCAUCAUCAUCAUCAACAGUAUUACGCGUCUGCACUUUAUCAUCAUCAUCAUCAUCGCGAUCAUGUCCCUUCAAAUACUGCUCAAUCAAUGAUACAGGCAACUAAUUUAAGUCAACCCGCGAGUCCUUGUAAUUAAAAAAUUUUUUUUUUAAUAUUUCGAUUAUUUUGAUAAAUCGCAGUAUUUUCAUUUAGGAAUUAUUAUUAUUUUUUCCAAUAGAUUUUAACCAAAGAUUAAUUUUUAGUUAAAAGAAAAAUAAAAUUUUUUAUUCUUUUUUAUAAUUUAUUUUGUGUAUGAUCAUAAUAUAUGUAAAUAAAGUUAAUUUUCCUAACAAUGUGGACGUUAAUAAAUAUACAUUGAAAAAGUUUAUUUUAUUAGAAAUUAUAUAUCUCUAUCUCACUUCUAAAUAUCCCAAAUAACUGAUGAGAGAGAGAGAGAGCGCAGAAAAUAAUUCGUUUAAGCAAUUUCAGCGCCAAGGUAGUUGGUCCAAAUUCAAAAUGCAAUUUUCAGAAAAUACGUUUUUCUUUGGCCAAAUUUCAAAAUUAAAGAAUUGAUGAUGAUAUAGAAAGUGUGUGUGUGUGUUUUGUAACUUCACUCAUGCAUUAAAUUGAAAACUUAAAACUCACUCAUCGAUCACAUAUAUAAUAUAUAUAUAUUUAUGAAACGGAAGUGUUUGACAAAAACCUAAUUGCUUUUACGAUGAAAAAUUUUGUCAUUAAAAAUCUCUGUUUUCAUCUCAAAACGUUAUACAAAGUUUUCAAUUUAACGUCAAUCAAAUUAAAUAAAUUUCUAUUUUUAUUCUAUACUCGUGAAAUGAAAAAAUUCUAUAAUUGAAAAAAACAAU